AUGGAUACAGAAGAGCGUUUAGAAAGUACAAAGAUAGAAAAUAUUAAUAUAAGAAUAUUAAAGGAUUAUUUCAUAGAUAUGGACUGUUUAAAAGAUAUGUGCGACGAUUUAAUUCAAUGUUAUAGAAAGGAGCAAGACUUCUACUUGGAAGAUGAAAAGUUUAAUAAGAUUCUUGAAGAUGAAGCUGAAUUAGUUGAGUCCAUUUGUGAAAUAGCUUCAGACAUUAAGAAGAAUUAUAAAGAUAUUCUCGAUGCUUUUAGAAUAAGAGCUACUGAAAGAGCAAGAAGAAGAAGAGUAACCAUGUCGAGAGAAUUAAACAAGAAGCCAAGAGCUCCUAAAGAUAAUUAA